CGUGUCCAAGAUCUUCGUUGGCCUUUUUCUUUUCACCUCCUACCCUUUAUGUUCCUCGCAACAGCAAACACAGCGAUCCCUCGCUCGCUUCAUCAUUCUUCUAUGCACUCUCAUUCAUCUUCCUUCAACAACCCCUUCAUCAUCUUCUUCUUCUUUUUCUUCUCUCAAUCCAACAUGUUCAACUACCUUCUCUCCCUCUAACGAUGGACCACUCAGAUCCAUUGAUUUGAUAGUUGCAAAGGAAAAGAUACGACCAUGCAGAUUCAUUACCAUUGGUUUGAUUCUGAAGCUAAAAUACGGUUGUUAUCUAAUUGUAUAUCCAGUCUCUAUUGCAAUUGAUAAGCCACUUUCAAGGUGUUAUCAUCUUGCUGACACUGGAGACUUUGGUCUGAGUGAAUAGAUAAAUUGGUCACAAGUUUGCAAGAUGCCAUAUUAUAUACAGAGACUUUAUAGGCUAUGCAAUGCAUCCUUUUCACCUGAUGGACCUGUGUCAGAAGAGGCCAUUGAGAAAGUUCGUGAGAAGUUAGAAAAAAUCAAGCCAUCAGAUGUAGGUCUUGAACAAGAGGCACAAGUGGUUCAGAAUUGGUCCGGUUCAAUGCUUGAACGUAAUGGGAGCCAUCAAUCUUUGCCACCUAUCAAAUAUUUGCAUUUGCAUGAAAGUGAUUCCUUCUCUAUAGGAAUUUUUUGCAUGCCCCCCUCUUCUAUCAUUCCUCUCCAUAAUCAUCCUGGAAUGACAGUGUUGAGCAAGCUGUUAUAUGGCUCAAUGUAUGUUAAAUCCUAUGAUUGGAUUGAUGCACCUGGAUCCACUGAUCCAUCCGAAGCUAGACCUGCAAAGCUUGUCAAAGAUACUGAGAUGACAGCGCUGAUUCCCACAACAGUUCUCUAUCCCACCAGCGGAGGAAACAUCCAUUGUUUCAGCGCUAUAACUCCAUGUGCAAUCUUUGACAUAUUGUCUCCCCCCUACUCUUCAGACCAUGGAAGACACUGCACCUACUUCCGGAGAUCCCAACAGAAAGAUCUUCCAGUUAAUGUUCUGUUGAACGGAGUGACGGUUUCUGAAGUGACUUGGUUGGAAGAUUUCCAACCUCCUGAUGACUUUGUGAUCCGGAAAGGGCAGUACAGGGGUCCAGUUAUUAGAACUUGAAAAUUUUAUUGUUUGAUGUGUCUUACUACACCAAAAGGAAAUUGGCUUAUGUUUAGGUUACAACAAAGGAAACUGUGGAAUGUGGAAUAAUUAUAUUCUUUGUCUAUGUCCUUUAGGCAUUGGAGUAUGUACAUAAUAAUGCAUUAGUGUAAUUAUUUACAGACCUCAGCUUAAUCCAUUAGAAUAGUUAACUGUAUGUUGAAAUAGUACUUCCCCGUGGCCAUAUCAAAAUUUGUUUUCGUGGAGAAUAAGAGGGUAUUGUGACUUGGUCCAGAGUUCUUGUUA